AUGGACACUCUGUUGGUCAGUUGUCAUGUGGCGUCGGCACCAUCACCCAAAGAAAUACGUGUGUGCACCAACCGUGCUUGCCGCAAACAAGGAUCCUUUCAAACCCUAGAAACACUCUCUGGUAUCGCUCCUCCAAACGUCGCCGUUAAGUCCUCCGGCUGCUUGGGCAAGUGCGGCGCCGGACCCAACCUUGUGUUCCUUCCUGAUGGCAUCAUCGUGGGUCAUUGCGGGACGGCUGCUCGUUGUUUGGAGGUGAUGUUUUGUGGAAGAGAUAAUUCCAAAACUAGUUUGGAUGCGCUUGCUUUGAGGAAGAGGGCAGAUGUUGAAUUUGACAGCAAAAACUUUGCUGAGGCUGAGCUUUUACUCUCACAGGCUAUUCAUUUCAAACCAUUUGGUGGCUUACAUGUCACGUUUAAAUGCAGGUCAUUGGUAAGGCUGGAACUGGGCAACUACUCUGGUGCCCUCCAAGAUGCUAACGAGUCUCUGCUAUUAGCUCCCAACUAUUCUGAGGCUUAUAUCUGUCAAGGUGAUGCAUUUUUGGCAUUCAACAAUUUUGAUUUGGCAGAGCACUCAUAUUUAUCAGCUUUACAUAUAGAUCCUUCCAUCCGUCGUUCUAAAUCUUUCAAGGCUCGAAUAACAAAGCUUCAGGAAAAACUUGCUCGUCUUAAUACAUCAUAA